ACUCGAACUUACCUCUGUAUGCCAGACAACAUUUUUGUCAGGUGAUUUGCAAACACGUGAAAAAAAAAAAGGCGUUGGGAUCUUGAGUCAUUUACUGUACGCCAACUUCCUCUUAUGUCAUCUCUUGUGGAUAUAGCUGACAGACAUCAGGUACUUCAUUUCUGUAAGGCGAGCCAGGCUGAAGGUGAGAAACUUCUGAAAGCCAUUAAAUUUGUACUUGGGUGUACAGCUGUUCUCUGAAGCAUAUCAACCAUCCGUACUCCCAACCUUCGCUGUCCAUACUGCAAAUGUGGAGCAAUUGUAAUGGACUGCCACCAACACCCGGUGGGUACAUGCUGAAAUAUCUUCUAUCAACAAUUUGAAAGUCUCUGAAACGGAGAAUGGGGCUGAGGAAAAGAAAGCCAAGCCAUAUGCCACCCCUCAAGUCCUGAUCAGUGAGGCUGAAGAGAUUGAAAUCCGGCAAAAACCUCCCCUCACCAGAUCACAAUCUAGUUAGCUGAAAAAUUGCACACCUUUUUGGAUCUGCAGAUCGCAAACAUGCACAGCUGUCUUUUCAGCUUUCUCCAGAAGUCAAAGACUUAUGAUUCCACGUUGGCUCUCGACAUGAAGAAUGAUAUGAAAAUUGAACGGAAAAAAUCUGCUUCAAAUCAGUUCAUGAAGGCAAAUGCACAUUUCCACAAGCUGUUCAAGGAUGUUCCAAAGGAUGAGUUAAUAAAAGAAAGUUUCACGUGUGCAUUACAGAAAGAGAUUUUAUACCAAGGAAAGUUAUACAUUUCAGAAAACUGGAUUUGUUUCCACUCAAAGGUGUUUGGGAAAGACACAAAGAUUGUAAUUCCAGCAAUCGCAGUAACUGUGUUAAAGAAAACCAAAACUGCCUUACUUGUGCCAAAUGCCCUUGUUAUUGCUACAGUCACCGAUCGGUUCAUAUUUGUGUCCUUAUUAUCACGUGAUUCCACCUACAAGUUAUUGAGGUCUGUCUGCAGCCACCUUGAUAACAUAAGUGUUGGAAACAGUCCCAACCCUUCUGCAGAACACCUUGACAGAGCCGAACAUGCUACCUCAUUUCCACUUGAUUUCAGUGUAGACUUUUCAGAGAUUGACGGUUUGGUCCGACAACGAAGAAAGGACAUAGAAGAAUACAGUAGCACGGGCUCUCAAACACCAGAAUCUGAAAACUCUCAAGAAUUCCAGGAUCAAGACAAAAACGUCACCACAAAGUCUCACAACCCUGUAGUUGUGGAGAGUCAGAAGAGCCCUGAGAGAAGUAAAUUGAUUCAACAAAAGACAGAUCACAAAAGCUUGUUUAAGAGACCAAACAUUUCACAGAUUACCUCCUUGAAUGGCUUGCUUUUCUUCUAUGCAAUUCUUGUCUGUCUGCUGAUAGUCUCCACAUUAUAUAUGCAGUCAAGGAUUGUGUAUCUAGAGGAACGGCUUUCCACGCUUGGUUCUUUCCAAUGGUCGACAGAGCAAGGAAUGAGCAGUUGGCACAUUAAUGCAAAUCUAAUAUGUGAGGAAUUGUCAGCCAACCUGGAAAAACUUGACAAGAUUCAGAGAAGCUUGCAGAGGCUACUGGAAGAUGCAGAAUAAAACGCAUGUUUACAUUGAUGGUACACCGCUCUCUGCUGGACAGAGGAAUUUUAUUGUGGAAUCAAUCACUGAACUGCACGGAAAGCCAGAAAUUUCAUCUCAGGAACGCUUUUUUUUUUUUCUAGUCCUUUUCUACUUGUUUUCCCCUAACGUGAGCAAUGUGGUGGUUAAAGCCUUCUCACAUUUCUUGCUUCUGACUUAAGAGAAUUAUUCUUACAUUUCACUGUGAAAGACUGUUUUGCACAUGUUUCUGUAAAUGUAUAUUUGAAGCACUCCUUUCUUUACUGUCUUAUUUAUGUCAAGGGCUUUGUUUGCUGGAACCAUAAACCAGCCCGGUGGAGACUUGAUGUUUGCAACAGAAUGCUGCCACUUUAAAUCCAGUUACUGUGAUAAUGAGAAUGGUAUUGGGGCCUUCUGACCAAUGAACUAUGGAGUAAUUUGCAACCUUAAUGCCCAUGUUGUCCACUGUGUAAUCGUUCAGGAACCAGGCUACCUUGCCAAUAAUAAAGAAUAAACUUUGUGCUAUUGUACAGAUGCUGCAUCCUGUCCUCCUGAGAUGUGCCUGUAACAGGAGUAGUCUCAGACAGCACAAUUUUGGAGGUGCUAGGAGGGACACCAGUUUUGUCUUGAUAAAAAAGUUAAAGUAGUUUAUGCAGGUAUGGUUGUUGGCAGUUAUGUUUAAAGUGACCUUGUUGGCCCUUAAGCCGCCAUCUUUAUUAACCUGAAAACCCUUCUCUGUUCCUGUCGUUUUGAUUGGGUUUUCUUAAUUCAUUAGGGGCCUGAAUUCUUGACCAAGCUUUACCCUCGAGUGCCCCUUGUCCAACAAGUAUGCCCUUGAUGGCCACCAAAGAACUGUCAUUUGGGGGGGCGGGGUGGUAGCUGACCAAUGCUUAGGUCAGACGUCUAGUCUUUAGCCAAAUAGUGAAAUGUGCACAGAGGAUAGUUUUUCUGGAUAAUAAAGGUAAUGAACACCUUGCAGCAUCUGCUCUGCGGCUGAUCUUUUAUCUGUAUGUGGCUAAAAUGGUCGACUGGUUUUAAGAGUACAUCUUUAUAGAGUACAUUUUUUAUAGACUCAAGUCCUCACAAAGCACACAUGGAUAACUACAGAUUAGGCUGGCUAUACAUGAUUUUUUUUUUUUUUUUUUUUUUUUCCAACCAGUGGGAGGAUUGGGGGAGAAAAAAAAUGCAGAUUCUCCCAUCCAUACAUUCAAGGUGGAUGUGAGGAGAAUUGCUCCCACUGUGGUAUUGUAUUCUGACAGCAGGGGGUCUUUCCUUCUGCUAGAAUAUGAUUGGUGUUGCCAGCUAUAGCUGCUGGCACCAAUUGUUCACACAGGCUGGUUGUACCCAAGUCAAGCGACAUGUAGACAAUCGACCAGCCCAUUAAUGAAUUUAAUAUUCGUCCCUGUUGGACUGACCACAUUUCAAUCAAUGUAUGGUUUGCUUAACUUUCCUGAGUCGCUGCCUUUUAAAAGGAUUACUUGACCUGAAUGUUUUCACAUGGUCAGAAGUGCUGGCCACACUAUUUAGUCAUCUAAGCAUAAAAGCAUUGGUAUGGUCAGAGCUCCUUUUUUAUAUAAAAAUGCAAAUGGAUGUUUACUGUCAACACUUUGUGAUUGCACUGAUGGAAACAACACAUGGGUACUUUAAAUUGUUUCAUUGUCCAACCCAUACAAGUGAUGGCUUUUUAAUAAUCUAAUUCCCUCACGUGAUUUGACUCAUGCAUUAUCAUCCUUGGGUGAAUAUAUCGGCACACAAAAUCAUAACAAUUAUUGAAUGAAGCCCCAGCCGAUAUACAGGCUUUCAUCGCCUCAAUUUGGUUCACAUCAUAAACUUAAUACAAGGAAAGAUCGUUUUAGCGUUUUCAUUUAAGACACUGUUGCUAAUUUUAUUCAAAUCCAUUUGGCUAAUCGGGUCUAUUGUGUGGGUUUUACUUUUUGUGGGAGGUUUUAUACUUUGAACCAGUCACUAACACUUUACUUGAUAUUGGCCAGAAUUUUCUAAAGAGCAGAGCUGGAGCUGGACUAAAGAGUACUUGUGGAACCGUUUGCAGCAGUCGUCUAUGUAGCUUGCAUUGUUUUUGACGUGUGUACCUAUGCUUGAAAGUCUUUGCCCUGUUACUGAAUUUUAGUCAUUGAUGUUAAUUUAAACUACAACUGGAGUGCAAAAUCUGGCACCGCUCUGCAUACAAACAACUGGCUUCCAUAUUUUUUUAUUUUUUUGUCAAAGCUUAAUUGAGCAAACUGAAGUUAAAAGCGGAUUGGCUACCAUGCGGCGCUGCACCAGAUCUUGCACUCCCCAGUUUUAGUAAGUCAACUCCAAUGUGUUUUCAGGACUUGUGUGAGAAAUUCAAUACCUUGAGAAUUUUUGUGUUUUUUUUUUUUUUUUUUAUUUGUAUAAUGUAUCAGUUACGCCAUAACCUUUAACACUAGUCUUACAAAACGGGUUGGAUUAUUUUUGGAUACCUGACUUGUUCUGCAUCUAAUGUUUAUAUGGUAUACCUAUGUAUGUUGAACUGUAGUUUUUAAUCAUUUCUAUGAAAUGUUUUUCAUAUUGCUAAAGUAUUAAAUAAAUGUAUACCUUGCACCAGGA